AUAUUACGGUACCACAGAAACCUCACGAAAGUGGUAUCAUUACUGAGAAGAGCUCAACUGUAACAUCAAUUUUAUUUUCCUAGAAUUCAGACAAAGUAGGAGGAAACUGCUGAUAAUGGAGCAGGCGGACAGAAAAACCAUAAAGAGGAACAUGGUAAUCCUCUCAAGGGACAUGGACUUUCAAAGCGUGCCCCAGGGCCUUCUUGCCCGAGACAUCUUUGAAAAUCACCAUAUAGAGAGGUUUGACUCAAAGCCCAGCAAGAAAGAGAAGAAUAUGGCACUACUAAUGGACAUAGAGACGAGGGGUCCCAGGGCCUUCACUAGCCUAGUAGAGUCCCUCAUCGAGGCCAACCAGGAACAUUUAGCAAGGUUGCUAGGAUACUCAGCGUCUGGACCUUCACAGGGCCAGAUGGGCCAGGCCCAGGCUACGACACCUCAUGACAAUAGACCAGGUCCGUUUGGUCAACCUACCAAGCCAGUGCCACCUGUUUGGCCUCCCAGAGAUAGCAAUGGUGACUACAGCUCUACUCAGAUGGAUGCCUUAGGCUCGUACCCACAAACUAUGGUUGAUAAUGAUCUUGUCUACAGAAUGAAAUCUAGACCUAGAGGUAUAGCUCUCAUUAUCAACAACAAAAACUUCAAAACCAUGAAGAAGAGGGCAGGAACAGACGUAGACUGUCGCAACUUAGAGAAUGUCUUCAAACAGCUUGGCUUCAAUGUAGUUGUACACAAAGACCUCAAAGGAAGGGAUAUUCAGCAGAUGAUUGAACAGCUAAGGAAACACAACCACACCCAGUUCGACUGCUUCAUUUUCGCCGUACUCAGCCAUGGCAUAGAGGGAGCUGUUUAUGGCGUGGACGAGUAUCUGGUGAAGAUAGAAGACAUAGUUAGUCAGUUUGGUUCUGAUCGAUGCCCGACUUUGAAUGGAAAGCCCAAGCUCUUCUUCUUGCAGGCAUGUAGAGGGGAGAAAUUUGACGAAGGAGUAGAAGCAACAGACGGUCAAGCUGUACGCGAAAGUGGAGACGCAAGUGACGCUCUGGCCAGCAAUCAGGAAAAACCCCAUGUCGAUGCUCAGAUGGAUGAUGAUCAGCUAGCCAACUUGAUGAUUAAAAUGGAACUAGAAUCCACCGAUAGCUUUGCAUCCAGUCGGAGUAAGGUGCCCAGUCAAAGCGACAUGCUCCUUGCAUAUGCAACUGUGCCAGGAUUUGUGUCGUGGAGGAACUCCGAGAGAGGGAGCUGGUUUAUCCAAGCUUUGACAGAAACCAUCCUACAGUAUGGGAAAGAUGAAGAUCUUCUUUCGAUGAUCACCAUGGUCAAUGGCAAAGUAGCACGAGCUUUCGAGUCUUCCUCCGGCAGGCAUAAGCAGAUGCCAGCCCCCGUCACCAUGCUCACAAAGAAGCUCUUCUUCUGCCCAGGGCAUUAUGAGUAAGGCCCUCUUCACACAAGGCAUGAUAGGCCGCCUCAACGACUGUCGUGGCGAAAUGUCCUGUGUAUCAAAUUAAUGACAAUUAAGGGGCAGUUCUGUGGGGGUAAACAUUGCACUGCGAUGCCCUCCCCCCCCCCCCCCACAUGUACUUUCUUUCAGUGUGUCAUGAGAUGCAGCAUUGUGAAGCGAAUUACGUUUACCAUCUUAUUUUAUACCAACGUGAAGGUUUCUUUAAAGCGGUUGACAGCCUUGCGUCCGAAUGAGCCCCUGAGAGGAUGGCAUUCUCUUUGAUAGCCACAUGAAUACAUCAGGUCUUUGUCGGGAGGUUUGAAGUUCACGGCUUUUUGGCUCUAAAAAGACUAUAUGUUGUCUUGGUCUAGAAGGUUAUAUUUAGAAACAUUAGGACCCUCUAUACAUGUACAUGUAAUGCUUAAAUUGUUAUUUAGCUCAUUUGCCAGAUCACAUGGCAGAGACAUUGUAGUACGGGGUCCUGUUUCCUGAAACUUGUAAUUAGAUAACAAGUUACAAUAAUGGUUAUAAGCUACUGAAAUCAUUGCCUUUGAUUGGCUGAACGCAAACUUGUCUUAGAAAUCAAGUAUUUGUUAUUGAUAACUAGUUUCAUGAAACAGGGCCCAGAUUUUGUGAAGAAGUGUUGAUAAUAGGCAUUUAAUUAAAAGAAAUUAUAUGUUUUGCCAAAUUAGAUUGAGUUAGACUUGUGCCAUGGUUGACUGUAUAUUUUGAUUUUUAUACCUUCACUAUAUCACUAUAUCAGAAAGGAAAAUGAUGAAGUUUAUAGAGGAAUGUAAUGCAGACUGCUUCAGAGAUAGCACAUGUACAGGUGAAACCAAACUGUCCAAGGAUCUUUUAAACGUGGAGAAGUCCCACCUUGUGCACUUUAGAAUAAUCAGUGCCAAAGUGGUGGACGUGCUUCAUGAAUACCUUUUGUUUGCCCUCUUGAAAAGAAUAUCUCCACCUGUGUGUCGUAGAAUUUACUGUCAGCGCAUAAAUGAAUAGCGAUUACAUUACCUUCAUGAACACGUGUCCAGCAUUCCUCUCUUCUGGUUCUUAUGUAGUUUGUACUAGUGACCUUUAUCUGCCCAUGUGCAGACUGUAUCUCUGAAGUGGCUAAUUAAAAGGGAAAUUCACAAUCCAGCAUUAAUUUGGCAUGAGUAGAUUCAAUGACUCAGAUACAUCUGUUUAGAGGAAGAAGGGGGUUGUAUAAUAUAAUUUUACACAGAGUUAACACCCUUCUGGCUCCAAACAGAUAAUUUGUUUCGCCCAUCUUUCGCAUCCUUCAGUUGGCUUCAAAACAAUAUAGCCUACCGGUAUACAUGUACAGCCAACUCUGUCUAUUGAAGGCUACCCAACAAAGCACAAAAUGUGGCCACUGUAGACAGGUUAUUCAACACGCAUUUCCCUUGAGAGGGAGCCAAAACGGGUGACCACUAUAAACAGGUGGCCUUUGUAGCAAGGUGGCCACUAAACAGGUUUCGCUGCAUUUAUAAUAGCAUUUUGUGAUUUGGUAAUUUGUUUUCUCUGUACAAUGAGUGUUCCUGAAUACAUCAGCUUCCCGCAAAUUGUUGUAUAUUUAGAAUGUUAUUAUGGAAAUGAAUUCUGCAUAUUGUUGUGUAUUUCUCUUCUUUAUUCUGGCAAUACUUAAUUUUGAUGCCUAUUUUGUUUUGAAGAUGAAAUUCAAUACCCUGUGACUAUAAAGAAACAUAUAAUGGCAUGCCUUGUAUUAAAUACAUGUAUCUUUUCCCCUUUUAUUUCUGCUGGUGUAGAAGACAAGCUAUUUACUUGGGUUUCAUGCUUAAGGAAGUUUAGUUAGGUGCAUAUUUGUUUGCUUGAGGCUUUGAGCUUUUUUAAUGAACAUGUUCCCGAAUGUGAAUCGGGUUAUAGUGAUGAAGGAAUAUCUAAGUGGCCAUAUAUUUAAUGAAUACUAAUCAUAUUUAUGUCUUUGUGCAUUUUGUUUCUCAUUCUUUAAUUUGGAGCAGAUUUACAUGCUGCCUUGUAUGAAUAUGAAUCUUGUAAUUACUUUUUACAUGAAGAAAAAAAUGGUAUAUUAUGUGACAAUGAUUAAACUUGUGGCAUAAACAGAGAAGUCCCUGCAAUUGUACUUGCAUAUUGUGAAGGCAAGUUACUCACCGAUCCACUUAAAGCUGAAAAGAGGCCCAUAGAUUAUCCCAACUUGGUUCUUGUCUUUCCUUUAAGGAAAAUGAAGGGAAAUACAAAAUGGCAGAUGGGUGGCCUUUAGACAGGUUCUCCAGUGCAGUAACGGAUCCAGUGGGGGAUCCCGGGGGCUCGGGCCCCCUCCCUUUGCAAAAAAAAUGGGUAAAAAAAA